GCCCGCACCGGGCAGGCACUCCCCAGGACCUCCCACAGGCUGGGGCUCGCCUCUGCCCGCCGGCCGGGCCCCGGGCCGCCCCCGCGUCCCCGGCCGCCCCCGCAACCCAAGGCCGGGUCCCCCCGCCCCGCCGCGCCCCGCCCGCGUCCCCGCCCUCCGGCGCCCGCGCGGCGUGACGGGCCUGCUCCGGGCCCGGCGGGCGGCGGGCGCCAUGGGCAGCGGCAGCAGCCGGAGCGGCCGGGCCCUGAGGCGGCUGCGCGGCCCCGACAGCCGGCCUGCGGGGCCCGGCGGGGCGGCCUCGGAGGGCGUGACGGGGACGCUGGCGGCGGCGGCGGCCCGGGAGGAGGCCGGGGAGGCGGCGGAGGCGGAGGCGCCCGGCCCCGGCCCCGCGGCGCCCCCCGACGGCAGGGACGAGACCCUGCGCCUGCUGGACCAGCUGCUGGCCGAGUCGGCGGCCUGGGGCCCGGGAGAGCUGGCCCCGCGGGGCCCGGCGCGGCCCCGACCCUGCGCGGGCGCCGGGAGCGCGGUGUCCCCAAAACAGAGCGCUGAAGACCACCCAGAGAGCAGCAGUGUCUCCGAAGCUCCAGGCAGCAGCCACAAGAGGCCUGAGAGGCAGUCGGCCGUCUCCUACGACUACUCAGAAGAGGAGCUGAUGGCGAGCAUCGAGCAGGAGUACUGCCGCUGAGGCCGGCAGGGCAGCAGCCCCGCAGUCGCCCGCCAGCCAGCACUCUGCUCCUCCGAGACCGGCUGCACCUGACCAGGCCUUUUGGGAACCUGGGCUGGGGGUGUGCAUCCCCCUGCCCUGCCCAGGGCUCUGGCUGGAGCUGAGCCACCUCCAACAUGCAGUUACUCCCGGAUCUUUCAAAACCGGCCUUUUCAAAUCCAUUUUGGACAGGCCUGAGCGUGGCUGGCUGCUGGCCAUCACGCUUGCUGGCAAGAGGUGGUCAGCGUGCAGAGAGGCCAGAAGGAGGGCGCAGGUGCUGCCCCACAGGUGUGUAGGCAGGUGAUCUCCCAGAUGCCUGCCCCGCCUCUCAGUCUCUGGGGAGGCCCGGUCUGCAAGGCUCUCCUGGAGCCCAAAAUGCUUCCCCUUUCUGAUGGCCCGCUCCCCACCUGGGCUUCCCACAUUAGCUGAAUGUGGUGGACCAGAUGCCUUGGGGUCUCUAACACACGUCCCACGGCCUUCAGGAAGGUUCCUCCAUGGAGGGUGCACCAAGAUGUGCCUUUCUGAGCCCGAAGGAGUCACCCUCAGUUCUGCAAAUGAAUAGCCUGGAGAGUUGAAAUGCAGAUUCUGAUUUCGUGGCUUGGGCAGGGCCUGAGAGUCUGCAUUUCUAGCCAGUUCUGUGGUGAGACCCAAGCUCCUGGAUCCCAGCCACGCUUGGAAUAGCAAGGAUUGAGUCUAAGCGUUAGCCCUCAUCUGACUCUUCCUCCCCCGGUGCUGGAGGCUGCUCAGGGCCACAGCCCGCCUGCCUCCCUGAAGAGAGGCCUGUUCCUCCGCGGUGGGUGUGGUGGCAUGGGAGAGCACUGGAUGGGGGCCGGAGACCCCUGUUCUGGUCUUGCCUCUUGCACUAACUUGCAGUCACUUUCCCCCCUGGACCUCAGUUUUCCUCUCUAGAAAGUGAGUCCUGGAGGCUCUUUGAGGCGCUCCCCUGCUCUGACAAUCUGAAAUGACACAAUUCUAGGCUUCCUUGAUCUCCACUGCUUCCCCACCCCUGUGGGGCAUGGAACUGCUUCCCCUGCUUAGGGUGCGUGCCUGGCCCCACCCGGAAAGGGUCUUCAGGGCCACCUGCUCUCACCUGAAAAAUGCCUGAUGGGACCUUUUCAGUCUCUUCCCACCUGGUGGAAGGUAGAGAAUCACAGCAAUGAGGUCAGAAGAACCCUAGAAUGUUCCUUGCUGACAAAAGGCCAACUUGCCAAGGACACCCUGUGAAUCCAAGGCAGGGCCAGGAGAGAGCCGCAGCCUGACGGGAAGGCGGGACUUCUGCCGUCGGCCCUGAUGGCUGCUCUCUGCAAGCUGGGGGUCGCGAGCAGUCGGGAGGCCAGGAGGCAGGCCCCUCCAGAGCAGCUGGCAAGGGCACUGGCACAAAGGGGCACGUGAGGUGACAGCAGCUUUUACCCAAGCUAGAAGAGGUCUCAGCUGGUCCCACAUUUACCACCAACACAGCAGCCUCCCUGGCGUCGCCUGGAAGAUGCAAGAACAUCUUGGAAACUGACAAAUGGCCACUUGGCCCUUUCCCCAGACCCACAGGCCUGUUGCUGUCACGGGCAAAUGGGCGUUUCCGUGAACUUUGAUUACUUGACGAGUGCCUUUGAUCAGAUGUUCCAUAGCUGGGAGAUUUUUACUGGGAAACCAGAGGAUGGAGCGAUGGAGCCUUCCAACAAAUGCCCCUGGAGGGUUGGCUCAGAACCUCCCCAAAGCAAGAGCUAUUUCUCAUCCAAGCCCAAAUCAUGUCUUUUGAUACAAAGAUUAAAGCCAUUACUAUUUUAAUAAUACAAACAUUUCUUUUAAAAGAAGUUAAAAGUUUAUUUCUCACCACCAGAUGGAUCAGGCCUUGAAUUUAAUGAUGUAAAAUGUUUAUAAUUUUACAUCAUUUUGUUAAAAUGGAAGAUAUUCAGCCGGUUUCCAAGAUAAAGAUGAUAUCUCUGCAUUUUCCAGUGGAAACCUCAUAAAACCCUUAAUGAGAUAAAAGCGUUAAGAAAAAAAAUUCCUCGUGUAGUUGCAGUCUAUGGCGAUGUCAAGACGAAUGCACUUAAUCAAGGCUAAGAGGUCACAGCUCUUGUUCUCAGGUCUUUUUUUUUUUAAUUCCCUGAAUUCAGGAAAGUGUCUUCUGUACAGCGGUGGGCGAAUAAAGCAGUGCACCAGC